AGAGCGAAGGAGUUUUAAAACAUUCCUUGACUUAAACACGGAAGUAGGUUUGGAAACGAGUUUACAUUUUCUAGUAUAGAAACACAUACUGACUGAACUGAAUUGGCUACACAAAGCUCAUUUGUCUGAAAAUGGCUGAACUACAAUUGUUGCGUGUGUUUUUGAAUGAGCGUUUAACGGCGGCUGCUGUGGAGAUUUUCGGGGCAGUUGAGAAAACGGUAGUGGAGUACCAGGAGGAGAAUGAUCGACUACGGAGACUGCUGCGGAUCACACCGGAGAUACAACUAUGUAAAAUAGACUCACUGCAGCUGUCUGUCUCUGAAGAGGACGUUCCCCCUGAGCGGCAGCAUUGUGAGCAGGAGUGGAGCCCCAGUCUGGUGCAGAAGGACCCAGAGAUCACACUGAUUAAAGAGGAACAAGAGGAAGUCAGGACCAGUCAGGAGGAAGAGCAGCUUCAAGGGCUCUUUGAUAUGAAUUACUCCAUAUUCACUCCUUCCUGUUUGAAAAAUGAAUGUGAUCAGAAGGACCCACUUCCGUCCUUGACUCUUCCCCAAAACCAGACUGUGGAUAACAGAGAGCGUGAAUCUGAACCAGUGGAUCCUAAACCUUUUGGCACUGUGUCCCACCUAAGGGGUCUUGACAUUCCCUGUGACCCUCCAGAUAAUCUUCUGAACAAUGCCUCCAGCUACAGUUCAGCCAUAAGCAGCAACCCAGUAGGACUUGACAGAAGUCUACCAUUUGAUCUCAACCCACCAUUCGGGGAAAACUCUUCCAAACUCAGCACCACGUCUAGAAUAACUCACCACUGCCAUGACUGUGGUGAAACGUUUGCUCUGAAAGCUGAACUGCAGAGGCACGUGACUCUCCCCAAAAAGAGACCCUGCGAAUGCAGCUUCUGCAAAAAACGCUACAACUCCACCUGUAAACUGAAGGCCCAUGUCCGACUCUGUCAUGGUGGGAAACACUGCACCUGCCCCUUUUGUGGCAAGACCUUCAAACAAAAAGGACAUCUGUCCACUCACAUGAGAAUCCACACAGGAGAGAAACCAUUUACCUGUGGUUACUGUGGGAAGAGCUUUAUUCAGAAGGGGGACCUAAGGAGGCACAUACUGACUCACACAGGAAAGAAACCAUUUAGCUGUUGUUACUGUGGUAAAGGCUUCAUUCGCAAAGAGCACCUAACUGCACAUGUACGGACUCACACAGGAGAGUAAUCACAUGGCUACUUACAUGGUCUGUGGUAAAAUAAUAUUAAUUCAGAAGGUAAACCUGCUGACGCAUGUGAAAAACAGAAUGAAAACACAAAGGAGAAAGAAAAUUAGGACAAAGAUCUCCUAUCAGAAGAUGGGGAUUAAAAUGGAGGAUGUGAACAACACUCUUAGGAAAGCAAAGAAAGACAGGACAAAGAUCUCCUAUCAGAAGAUGGGGAUUAAAAUGGAGGAUGUGAACAACACUCUUAGGAAAGCAAAGAAAGACAGGACAAAGAUCUCCUAUCAGAAGAUGGGGAUUAAAAUGGAGGAUGUGAACAACACUCUUAGGAAAGCAAAGAAAGACAGGACAAAGAUCUCCUAUCAGAAGAUGGGGAUUAAAAUGGAGGAUGUGAACAACACACUUAGGGAAGCAAAGAAAGACAGGACAAAGAUCUCCUAUCAGAAGAUGGGGAUUAAAAGGCAGGAUGUGAACAACACUCUUAGGAAAGCAAAGAAAGACAGGACAAAGAUCUCCUAUCAGAAGAUGGGGAUUAAAAUGGAGGAUGUGAACAACACUCUUCGGACAGCAAAGCUACUCUGGAUCAUUCCUGCUGUGGGUUUCAGAUAAAUAGAAACAUGAUGGAUUUACUUUAGUAAAAAUGUUUUGUGUAAAUAUAGUUUUGAUUUGAAUUAAAACA